CCCCCGUGGCCGAGGCUGGCGGCGAGUAGAGCUCGGCGCCCCGCGGGGCCGACGGCGGAGCGCAGCCGGGGACGCGGCGGUGCUUGCCCGACCCGGACCCGGACCCGGACCCGCUGCGCCCACGGGCGCCGAGCGGCCUCUUCGCCUGCCCGCGGGCCGGCAGUAAUGCACGCCCUCUGCGAAACUCCGGCGGUGGCAAAGGCGAGGAGAAGGAGUUAGCUGGCCUGGGGAGAUGCUGUAGCUGUUCCUGCUGCUGCCCUCGGGCUUCGCGCCAGCUGCCCCGCCGUCCGGGGACCGCGGUGUGCGGCAGCCCGGGGUCAGAGGGGCUAAAGGACGAGCGAGAGCCGGCCCUGGCAGAGGCUGGCGUUUGUAGAAAGAAUGUCAGCAGCUUUUUAUUAAUGAAGCACUACUUGUUAUGGCCAAUGUGCACAUGAAAUGGAAAGGAAACAGAUUCCAGAAAACAACUUCUGUUUCAACAUUGCAAGAUGCAGCACGAAGUGUGUAAAGAAGUUUAAGUGACUGCUCUACUUGAUCAAAAUGGUGGACACUGAAAACCAGCUCUAUCCCCUUACUCCUUUGGAAGAGGAUGAUAUAGGCAGCCCUUUAUCUGGAGAGUUCCUCCAAGAUAUGGAGAACAUUCAAGACCUCUCUCGGUCUCUAGGUGAUGAUAGCUCUGGAGCUUUAAGUUUAACAGAGUUCCAGUCACUGGGAAAUGGUCCAGCAUCUGAUGGAUCAGUUAUAACAGACACCCUUUCACCAGCAUCCAGUCCUUCAUCCAUUAAUUUUGCCACAGCUCCAGGUAGCAUAGAUGAAUCACCCAGUGGAGCAUUAAACAUUGAAUGUAGAAUUUGUGGGGAUAAAGCCUCAGGCUACCAUUACGGAGUACAUGCUUGUGAAGGUUGUAAGGGUUUUUUUAGAAGAACAAUUCGGUUAAAACUCAUCUAUGAUAAAUGUGAUCGCAACUGCAAAAUUCAGAAAAAAAAUCGUAAUAAGUGCCAAUACUGUCGUUUUCAAAAGUGCCUUUCAGUUGGAAUGUCACAUAAUGCAAUACGUUUUGGACGAAUGCCAAGGUCUGAGAAGGCCAAGUUGAAAGCAGAAAUUCUAACAGGUGAAAAUUAUGUAGAAGAUUCAGAAAUGGCAGAUCUUAAAUCACUUGCCAAAAGAAUUCAUGAUGCUUACCUGAAAAACUUCAAUAUGAACAAGGUUAAAGCCAGAAUCAUCCUUGCAGGGAAAACUAAUAACAACCCACCAUUUGUUAUACAUGAUAUGGAUACCUUGUGUAUGGCAGAGAAGACCCUGGUGGCAAAAUUGGUAGCCAAUGGAAUUCAGAACAAAGAAGCAGAAGUUCGAAUCUUCCACUGCUGCCAGUGUACAUCUGUAGAGACCGUCACAGAACUUACCGAAUUUGCCAAAUCUAUUCCUGGCUUCUCCAAUCUUGACUUGAAUGAUCAAGUGACACUUUUAAAAUACGGAGUUUAUGAAGCCAUAUUUGCCAUGUUAGCAUCUGUGAUGAACAAGGACGGGAUGCUGGUAGCCUAUGGAAACGGUUUUAUAACCCGGGAGUUCCUAAAAAGCCUGAGAAAGCCAUUCUGUGAUAUAAUGGAGCCGAAAUUUGAUUUUGCAAUGAAAUUCAAUGCACUAGAAUUGGAUGAUAGCGAUAUAUCCCUUUUUGUUGCUGCCAUCAUUUGCUGUGGAGAUCGUCCUGGUCUUGUAAAUGUAGGACACAUUGAAAAAAUGCAGGAGAGCAUUGUGCAUGUACUGAAACUUCACUUGCAAACCAACCAUCCUGAUGACAUCUUCCUCUUCCCCAAACUUCUCCAAAAAAUGGCUGACCUCCGACAACUUGUCACAGAGCAUGCUCAGCUUGUUCAGAUAAUUAAGAAGACUGAAUCUGAUGCACAUUUACACCCUUUACUACAGGAAAUCUACAGGGAUAUGUAUUAAGGACUUUUAGGGUUUUUUUUCCACAAUAUUUAAAGACAAGAGCAAUACUAAUAACAGAUGGGAGCAAAACUACUUGCACAGUUAUCUGCUGUUCACUCAGCCCAGAGCAUGAAAAAUCUAAAAGCUGGGUAACUGGAGUGUUACACUUCUUUUGGUUUGGGAUCUUUUGUCUUCUUUUGAAAGAGUUCUACAGAAAAAUACUGAUCAUAGUGCUCAUGAAGUGUCUUAUAAUGGUUCUUUUAUUUGGAAAUUUGAAGAUUGGUAAGGAAUACAUAUUUGUGUAAUAAAUCAGAAUGUUAAGUAACAGAAAUGAACAAAAUUGUAUUUCCUCUUGGCUUAGUCAUUAUAGAAUUAAUAUAACAAAUUCAGCAAAUUCUUUCCAGGUCUAUGCACAAUCAUAAAGAUUAUGCACUUUUGGCUAAUGGUAGUUGCUGAGAACCAGCUAACACCUUUUCAGUCUAGGUGUAUCAAAUGGUUGGAUAUUACUGUACAUACACUUCUAAAAGAUUUGAAAGACCUCUGAUCCACUGCUGCUUUAAUUCCAUGAAAUGCAGUACAGCUUCAUACAGUAUUACAUUGGUAUACCUUGGGAUUAGCACAUUUAAAAGAUGGUUCUUUUAUGAAACAAAGUAAAAUCCGAAGAGUUAUCUAAAAUACAGCAGAGAUGCGCUAUUCAGGUGUUUGUUGAAGAGUAAAUGUGAUAAAGCAAUGGAACCCUUUUUUCAAAAGUGUUUUAAGGAAAUACGAAAAUGUCCCUGAGGAAAAAUAUAUCAUACCAUGUGUAUUUUGGAGAAUUUGUAAUAGCUCAAGAUGCAGCUUAGACUUAAAAAUACUGUUUUGAAUUAGCGAGAGUUUUGGAGAGACUGAAAAAUCUGACCCUAGCCCAGAAAAAAGAAUUUCAACUGCACAGCAUUCUAGUGCAGUGAUAGCUUACUCUGAAGAAAUGAUUGUAUAGGAAAGGCACCUUCUUUCUUGACAAGUAUCUUGGUGGUAUGGAGUUGUUUGGACCUGUUACUUUUCUGAUUAAUACACUGUUUCAUUUUUUCCAAUUAUCCACUUGGAUAUAUUUAUUUCUAUUCCUUCUUCAGCCUUGUCAAUAGAAGUAUUAGCUAGAUUAUUUCACCAAAUUUUGUCCUUGUCCAUACAGCCAUAGUGGAUAAGGUGACAGUAUUACCAAGAACAGGGUUUGUAGAUGUCAGUUGUGUAAUACUGUGAAAGAGAGCACAGUUGACAGUAAGUUUAUCACGUUCCUGAGAGCAAACUCUGAUUUUACAACAGUACUUAUUCCUGAUGCAAAAUAAGCCAUAAGGAAACUGCUUGACUUUGCCAUUUUACAGGAUCUUUUAUCAGAGAGUACUACACAAAAGUGUCAGUUGCAUGCAAGACACUGUGCUAUUUUGUGUUCCUUUAGUUUUUUUAAUAUGGUAACUUUACAUUAUUAUUUCUUUAUUUCACUAUUUGUUUCAUAACACAAAGAUCUCGGGAGCCAGUCUUAGCAUUUUCACAAUAGUUAAGCUUCAGUGGCACAGGAGGACACUUUGUACUUGUUUUAUUGUAGCAUGUUUGAAGACUUCAGAAUCUUAAACCUUCACUGCAAGAAUUAAGUAAGACUGAUAAAGUGAGAGCAUCGCACUAUGAUUCUUACUUUAGUCACAACGCUUGUUUCUUUACAGGCCCGCUGGCACGGCUAGACACUGGAUAAAUUACAGGUUUAAAAGCAAUUCGGUAUUUAUCCAGGCAAUGGUCAUUAGCAGAGGUUUUAGUGUCAGAUAUAUUUAGUGUAAACUAUUGAAGCAUGGGCCUCAAAUUUGGUGACCAGCUGGGGCAGGAUAGAAACAAUAAAUGCAUGUGCACAAAACUCUCCCCAUCCCUGUCGCCAGUCGGCAACAGGAAGAAUAAGCCUUACGUUACAGCUACUUCUAACGCUUCAUUAAGAGAAGAUCGUUGGUCUUAGCAGGAAACAGCAGAUGCGAUGAGGUUGUCUUUUGUGUCUUACAGCAGUACGUAGUAUGCCCUCAGAAAUAACAAGAGGAUUUUAGCAAUGAUACUGCUUUAUUCUUGAGGUCAGCCAUGUCUCACUAAGGAACUGUGGGGUUUAGGCAUAAGACACUGAGCAUUGAAAUAAUUGAUACGCAAUAUACUGCUUACUCAAAAAAAUUGUCAGAGUAUCGGCCAUUCUCUGAUGGCAUACUGAAACUCUAAUAGCCAACUGUUUUAAGUUUAUCUUCUAAAGAAAGUAUAAGCUGAAAUUUUUUUCCCCCAAAGCUCAGAUUUAUGCAAAGGGUAAAUUUCAAGGUUUGGGUGUACUGAAGUUUCUCAGGAAAAUCAGACAGUUGGUGCGGACAAGAACUAUUUUUCCUGCUCUUGCUCUCAAAAGUGGGUAAAAGACUUUACUGAAACUUUUAAAAAACACGGAAAAUUUAAUAAUAAAUACUUAAAUUCUCAGCAAAACUAUAAAGAAUUGAAACCAGCAUCAUUCAGUAGAAGGCAUAAUGUUUAGCUAUAUUAACAGCUGCUUGUAACAUGUUCCUAUUAUCGGCAUUAGGAAAGUGCAUAAUUUGCAUUUUUCCUGUUCCAGAUCCAUUUUGUUUUGUUAUUUGAACACCAGCAAGCAUUUUUUUUACUAGCUCCUUGGACACUGAAGUUUGAUUUCUGUUUUAAAUUAAAUUGCAGACCUUUAAUGAAAAAAAAAAAAUGGAAAGAAUACAUCUCUGAAUUACAGAAACAUGAACAAGAUGUUAACAUAGCCUAAAAUUCUGGAUAGAUUCCACUGCCCACACUGCUGCACUGUGCACAUACCCACAGUCUCUUCAAAGAACGACACAGGGCAGACAAUUCACUUCCCGAGUGUUAAUGGGCAAAAGAAGUUCUUAAUUUCUACAUCACACUUUUAAUGAAGUAUAUUCGCUACUUCGGUAGGUGACUGCAGCAGGCUUUUGCCAACUAAGAUUUCAAAAUGACUCAAUUUGUGUUCAUUUUUUUAGAAGUUUGGAAUCUGAACUAGUUUGAGAUCUAUUACUGAGGAGCCUUCAGCAUCUCCACCUUGUACAGAUCACCUAAUAUUUUACAAUACCCAUUCUAUGGAGGGAAAUAAAGUGAUCAGAUUUUAGGUUUAAAAAUUUAUUAAAGAUUUACUGGCUUGUUAGGUAUAAUUUUGAUCUGAUUCUAUCAACAUAACUUAUUUUAUUGUCAUAGCACUGAACAACUCUGGUUAGCUACGAGGUACCCACAAACAGGUUAAGACAAGAGACAACAGAUGGAUAGAGAAGAAUCCUAGGAAACAAUGGUAUGACUUAAGUUUUCAACAAACCUACAGCUUACUCAUUUUUUUUGAGGGUUGUUUGGGGUUUUUUAUUUAUUUAUCGGGAUGCCCUAGGUACUUUGACAAAGGGGAAGAAAAAAAAAGGAAGGUUUUGUGCCAAGUGUUAGGGAAAUCUGAUGUUGAUUUUUAUCUCCUUCUUAAAUAUUUUCUUUAAAGAAAAUGUCUUCAGUGUAACAGCACAGAACUGCCAUUUAAAAAAAAAAAUCAGUUACUUUGUACCUUUUUAAAUUUCAGAAUGCCACUUUUAAAAACAAAUUGACAGACAAUAGAUAGGAAUAUUUCCACUUACAGAAAUUGAAUCUUUCUCCACAUUUAAAGAAAUCUUCUUUUUUAUUUAAUUGCCAUUUCCAUGUGCCUUUGUGCUUUGGUUCUAGCCAGCUGCUAGAAAGCUGAAGUGUUGCCAAAGAGCAUAUUUUUUGCAUUAUUUCUGGCCCGCACAGAUUUAGGAAAUACCAGCAGUUGCACUAAGUCCGUUCUCAUGAGAGAGCUAGCACAAGUUUGCAAAUCAAAGAGCUUAUAAUAAGCAUCUAAACAUUUGUUUGUUUAUUCAAACUGCUAAAACUUGGGGAGAUUUUUUCAUCACGAGAGCUGGAUCACAUACUAUUAAAUUUGAAUUUCCUCCUUAUUUCUAAUGGAAAGCUGGGACAACAUGCACCAUCUCAGACAAAGCAGUUGGAGAAGAUUACACCGUAGCUGCCCAUACUGUGUCUGAAGAGGAACAAUUUCAGCUCUGUCUCUCCUUAAAAGCAUCCCUGUUAUUUAGUUGAAAAUCUGCAACUACAUUUAACAAAUGCAUUUGCAGCUGUUGUGAUAUUGCUUAAGCAUAAGUUCUUACAAGUAAUGGUCCUUCCCUGAAAACCCCAAUCCUUUAGUAAGUGUUGAAAUGUAAGGGGUAAUGUGGUAUCUGCUGCUUGCUUAUAUCUCAAGUGCUUUCUUGAUAAUCAGUUGCAUAUAAUUAUUUUUUUUAUCUAGGUUUAAUCAGCUUUGUUAUCCUUCUUUUACUAGAGAUUUAAAUUAUAUGUGGGUUUGAUCUAAGAUUAUUGAUGUUGUAAUGUAUUGUGGGAUUUUUUUAACUUAAUGUAAUGCCAUUUCUUCAUGUUUCAAUUUGUAAAAUACAAGACUAUGAUUGCAAGGUAUAAACUUUCACUAAAUUAUAUUACAGAGGUGCUUUACGAAAAAUAUGUAAAUUAUUUAAUUUAAUUAUUUGUUUCAUACUUUAUCUUGUGAACCCUUUUGUACAGUGAGGAAAGAUUUACUUUUAUGGGGUAAGGAUGAUGGGCCUGAAGUCAAAGACAAACUGCUAUUUAUUCCAGUCUGGUCUUUAUUACUGUAUCAUUUGUGAAGAAGUAUCACAAAUUCUGCAACUUCUCACUGUUUUGUAUUGACAACUGUAACAAAAUUUUAAAAUAUAUUUUCACACAGAACAUAGACUUCCUUUUAUUUAAUUUUAAUAAAAGUAAGUCUAGGUGAGGAAGAGCCGUAAUCCCAAAAUUGAGUUAGUAUUUGUAACGUUUUAACUCAAGUUCAUCAAUUUGAAAGAUAGUUUAUAGAACUAAGUUCAUCCUUGCUUUACAGCAUGGUAGUUCAUUUUCCUUAAAAGUCUGAAAAGAGAGCUAAAAAGAGCUACAUUCUGUUAGUACUCCAUUACUCAUAUUUGCUGAGGAACUGACUUGUGGCUUACUAGAAAUAACAAUGUGUAUUCAGGAUUAUUCCCUGCUACCUGCACUGAGGUCGAUCUGCAGUUUUUAGAUGUAUUUUAAAAUACAUAAUUUGGCAGUGCAAAACAAAAUGUUGAAAUGCCAUUAUUGGCUUUUCUAUAGGAGUGUUCCCUUUAUGAUUUUAAGUAGAGAUGAAUUCAGAAUCUGUUCAUAGGGAUUCUGUGUCCUGCGAUUAAGGUGUGAAAAUCUGUGCUUACAGCAUUCCUGCUAACUAAUCCUGAUACAGGAACAAAGUUACCUUUUAAAGGUGUACCUUUUAUUUUGCUGUAGUCAAAACACAGCAUCUAGUACAAGCACAGUAUAUUACAAAUGUUCCAGCAAUGAUUUAUACUUACUGCAUUUUAUUUGUAAUAGCUAAAAUUUUAUUUCCCCAAAUCGCUGCAACUUGAAAUUUUCACUUGAUCAGUAUCACCACACAGGUGUUAUUGUCUGCUAAGACGUUUGUGUCCUAUUUGUAAAAGCUCUACUGGACUUUCUUGUGAUAACCUACAGCUACUUCUUUUCUCAGUUUCAUAGGCGGCAAUGAAAAAACCCUGUAAAAGGUACUAACAGGUACGUUGCUUUACACUGUAAAUACGUGAUACAAAUUCAUUGUUAACUAAACCCAUCCUAGGGCAAGGGUGUUUCUUCUUUUGUUUCCUCUAACGUGCUGACAGGUUUUUUUAAAUCUUUUUUGGCUUCUGAAGCUGGUUUGGGGUUUUUUUGUUCUCGAACUCCUUUAUUGUGUUAGUCGAUCUUGUCAGAUUCCAUUGCAAGGAUGUUUCAAAACAGAAUUCCUAUUGCAAGGCCCUCAAUUUCAGAUGAGUUGUGUCUGCCCAGGGAAUAGGCUGCAUGCACAAACGAGAUUAAUCUGAUUACAGGUUGGGCCUUAAAUAAGGACUGCAAGAUCAAGCAUAAGGUACUUAAAGUUGUUUUUAAGUAUUUUGGUGCAUUUUCUCAGGUUGGAUAUGCAGGUACAGUAAUCCCUAUUGUGGAAAAGACACCAGCCUUAUGAUCAAUGCAGGAAGUUUCAAGGCAUUCUUUACACUUGAAAGAAAAAAAAAAAAAAUUGGUGGUAUGGGAAAAUACUAACCAACUGAAAUAUUGACAAGUACUGCAUUCUACUCCUACUGUGUAGGAGCACAGUAUAAAAUCAUUCAAAAUCUGUUUGUGAUGUGCAACAGGAACUGUAGGAAGGUUAGGAAAACUUCUGGUGGAUGACUCGUAUACAAAUAAGCACAUAGAAUGCUACUCAAAUCCACACUUGGUUACCUCUCGCCCAUUCAGAUACUCUAGGUCUAUUUUGCCACACGGUAGGGUCGGGUAGCCUUCGUGGAGACACGGUGCCUUUGCCCUCCUGUUAGGAAGAGCGCUGUUCGCCGAGCCGCCUGCGUAUUCAGACGGGCAUCUUCGGGCACUCGCCCGCAGCGCCGUUCGGCAGAUGGUUCCUGAGCAGACUGCUGUGGCUCUUCUGCCGGUGGCCUUUGUGCAGGUAGUGGGAGGGAGCUGCUUCGAAUCGAAUCGUUCAUCCCUCUCCCACGGGAAAUGAAUCCUGUGGGAUAGGGGGAUACGCGAAAGCAUGGCUCCAUCUCAGUAGCCACAAAUACUUUCCUCUGGUUUCAGAAGUAGAAGAACAUUUAUAGUUUUAGUUAUUUCUUUAGUGAUAACAAAUCUAAUCAACGUUUUAAUAUUAUGGAUUUUUAACAAGAACACCCAUCUUAACUGUUUGACAAAGUCUGUUUUAUCAGCUUCUCGGAUGAGCUGCAUUUCAUAUUGUUCCUGCUAUUUCACAGCUUUUACAAACAAUUGCGCUGAAUUUUCUUUAGGAAUGUAACACAACAGUUUAAUUACAUCAUGAUGUUAAAACCCUUUGUCACAUCUUAAACUGUUAUCUGAUAUGAAACAAAAAAGCACAUUUUUGUUAACAUUGCCAAACCCUAAUCACUAGAGCUAACAAGUGUUUAAUUAAAUCAAGAUAGCAAUAUUAAGGAGGAAAAAAAAACCCAGAUCAUUAUUUCCAGUCACCUAUGUUUUUAGGAGGUUUUGGGUAUGUUUUAUUACAGUAAAUACAGAACUUACAAAGAGCAAACAUUUCUUGCAGAGAGUAGUCAAACCUAAUUCUCAUGGAAUGCUUGUUUCCCAGCAAAAUACCACUAAUUCAAGCCAAGUUCCCAAGUUUCUUUCUGUCAGAACAAUGCAAAUGACAUUUUCAAGGAAGAACGGAAGCCCUGGUCUCACAGGGAUUUAUAGGAAAGACAAAGUCUCUUGCACUUGUGAAUGUAAAAAUUACAUAUAGCCAAACAUAACGAUGCGUUCUCACAUUACCAGCCUACUGAUCUAGGAUGAAAAAACUUGAACUAAACAUUUUUCUUCUUUUUUACAUUCUGAUUUUUUUUCCGUCUCCUUUAAAAAUCAGAGGUUGAAUUCAUAGUGUUUGUAUAGAGACUGGUAGGAACCUAUGUGCUUUAAAAAAAAAAAAGUAAUCCUUUAAGACUGAAUGUAAACACAGUUAAUUUGAAAUAUGGGUUUGCCUUAAUGGUUUUAAAAAAAUAAAGUAUUUUUAAAAGUGAA